AUGGACGUGGCAACAGCUUUGUUGAACGGUGAAGAUAUGGAUGUAAAGAUGCUAGAGGAGUAUGCAAAUAUUGUAUUAGACCUGUAUCGAGUUCGUUCCAAGAACGAUGACAUUUUACAAUUGGAUCUCGAUUUCCCUCUUCCGCCGAGCACUUCUUUAAUUGACAAUAUAAAGCUGUAUAGAGGUGAUUGGAGUUUAACCGAUGCUAGUUGCGCGAACGAGCACUGUGAUACAGCGUUGAUGGAUGAGUUGGCGAGGUUGAGUGGCGGAGAAGCGGAUACGAAGAACAAGGCUCUUUUGUUUCUGCGGAAGAUAUGUUUGCGUUGUAGUAUUCCUAUUCCUUUCUGUUCGAUUUGUAAUGACGCAUGUUUCCAUACAAUGAUACUAUGUACUCAUUGCUUGCCUGCCGUACAGCCUGCGUCGGGUAUUAGGUUCAGUCGUAUGCGGAGUUACGGGAAUCCGGAACGAAAUUAUGGUAACGCAGACGGACCGCUUGCGCAGUGCAUUGUUCGACCAGUGUGUGUGCUAUGUCGAUCACGUUACCGGUGUCCUGUUAUGCGGCCUGUAAACACAAGAUCAUCUAUAGGUUGCAAGAGUCCGGUAUUAUUGAACAGAUUUUCAUUUGAGUCGCUUCAAUUGUUGCUCCACCUGGCUUACUCAACGCUGGCCGAAUUGGGGGAACCUGAACGCCUUGAAAGACUAAGGCCUAUUGUUCAACACCAAACGUGGCGGAAUCUACAAAGAGGUCCAAAAUUGUGCGACGUCACCGAACUCUGCAAUGCCAAGAAGGCCAUACAGAAUCAAUGGCAGCGCACCAUGGACAAUGGCAUUAUAACUAGCACUACCGACAACGGGACAGUUUCAAUAUAUCAGAUCCGGGAAGAUGAUGUUGUCAUGAUGCAAAUUGCCAACAAUCGAGGGAAUUUUGAAGAACUUUAUGACCCCUGUCAACUUUUACCCGUUCCCUCAAGGGCUCGGUCUGACUUAAGCUGGAUCUAUUAUUGGCUCGCAUUAGCUAAACAUGCUCCCACAACUCAGACUGACAGUGAACCUGGUUGGCUAGUAUACAACAACUAG